ACAAUGAGUGAAGAGCCACCGGUCACUCCCACCUGGCUGACCCCUGACCCCACAGCAUGGGCCAGCGGAGGUGGGGGACUGAUGGACAACAGCACUAGCCUGGGGACGUUCCCAGUGGACUCCCUCCCGCCCAGCCAGCUGCCCCUGCUGGUCAACCCCUGGGACAUUGUACUGUGCUCUUCGGGGACUCUGAUAGCCUGUGAGAACGCCCUGGUGGUGCUGGUGAUCUGGCAGAACCCAGCGCUCCGUGCUCCCAUGUUCCUGCUGAUUGGCAGCCUGGCGCUGGCCGACCUGCUGGCCGGCCUGGGCCUGGUGCUUCACUUCACCUGUGCCUACCUGCUGCGUUCUGACUCGGCCCAGCUGCUGACUGUGGGCCUGGUGGUGGCCUCCUUCUCCGCCUCCGUCUUCAGCUUGCUGGCCAUCACGAUUGACCGCUACCUGUCGCUGUACUAUGCCCUCACCUACAACUCAGAGCGGACAGCGGCCUUCACCUACACCAUGCUGGUGCUGCUGUGGGGCCUCUCCCUGUGUCUGGGCCUGCUGCCGGUCACAGGGGUCAACUGCCUGGCAGAGGAGGCUACAUGCAGUGUUGUGCGGCCACUCACAAAGAACAACAUUGCUGUGCUGUCCGUCUCCUUCCUGCUGCUCUUCGGCCUCAUGCUGCAACUCUACGUCCAGAUCUGCAAGAUUGUGAUGCGCCACGCUCACCAGAUCGCCCUCCAGCACCACUUCCUGGCUGCCACACCCCACUACGUCACAACACGGAAGGGCGUGUCCACGCUGGCCAUCAUCCUGGGUACCUUUGCUGCCUGCUGGAUGCCGUUCACCGUCUACUCUCUCAUCGCCGACUACACCUACCCUCCGCUCUACACCUACGCCACGCUGGUGCCUGCCACCUACAACUCCGUCAUCAACCCGGUCAUCUACGCCUUCAGGAACCAGGAGAUCCAGAAGGCUCUGUGGCUGGUGUGCUGCGGCUGUGUGCCUGCAAGCGUGGCCCAUCGUGCACGGACCCCUAGUGAUGUCUGA